GUUUUCUCGUGGCAAUAUUCCUGUUGGGCUUCUUUCCUAUCCAGUACUUCAAUCAGCUGAUGUCUUAAUGUUCAAGGCAACUCAUGUACCGGUCGGGGCUGAUCAAGCUCAACACAUGAAUCUUUUGGCUGAUUUAUCUGGUCACUUCAAUAUGUUUUAUAAAACUUCGUUUUUCCCACGACCCAAGCAGGUGGUACAGCCGGCUGCUUCUCGCCUGCGGAGCUUACGAGACCCUUCCAAGAAAAUGAGUAAAUCAGAAAAGAGUGAAAGGUCGAGGUUGGAGAUCAAUGACUCAGCCGAGGAAAUUGAAGAGAAAUGCCGGAAAGCCGUCAGUGACUUCGAAUCGCGACUCUCGUACGAUCGUGAAACACGAGCAGCUAUAAGCAAUUUGGUACGAGAAACAUUGAACCCCUUGUCGACACCAACCACCAAAUUUCGAAACUUCUAG